AUGGUCGCCCAGGCUGCACGCCAGGGAAGACACCUGCAGCGUUUCACCAGGACUGGCCUCCGCCUCGUCGUCGGGUAGACUCUCUCUCUCUCUCUCUCUCUCUCUCUCUCUCUCUCUCUCUCUCUCUCUCUCUCUCUCUCUCUCUCUCUCUCUCUCUCUCUCUCAAGGCUUCUGCUUCCGUUUUUCUCCUGCAGGUGUAUCCCUUACAAGUUCGAGGAGGACAUCAGAAUGGAACCCAUCGGUCAGUCCCUGCAGGUUCUUGUCAUCAGCUCUCAGAACGGCCAGGAGCUCAUGUUCCCCAAGGUAGGGCUCCUGGAGCCCUGAACUACAUCCUCUGGGAGAACAAUUUCUCGUUCAAACUUUGAUAAAUUUACGUUAGUAGAUUCUAUUUACUUCGACUUCCUAACAUAAGAUCUUGACUUGACAUGUCUGACUAGAUGGAGACGUAAAACUUUGAGCAAGGUCCUUAAUCAGCUUUAGUAAGAUCUAUAGAUGCGCUACAUCUUAAAUGAAAACAAGGUUAUGAUAGUAUGAGGGUUGAUUUACCCCUGUCAGUGGAAAUUUUUGUGAUAGCAUGUUGAUUUACUAUAUUGAGUGAAAACUAUGAUCAAUGUUAAUCUAAGGAAUUCCCUCAAAGGACAUAGAGAUUACAAUGGAUCCUGGUCCCAUAAAACCAUGAUUCUGAAACUAGAUGAAAAUUAUAAUACUAGAAGGUGGAUUUGAUGCAUUUAAAAUGGGAAAUCAUUUUAAUCACAUGUGUAUUAUCUAUUUUCAAGUGAAAACUAUAGAAAAUACAUGUAAUAUAGAUUUCUUUUGAAGAUGUGAACUUUCUAUUGUUUAAGGUUCUUUGUUCAAGUGGGAUAAGAUGCAAUAAAUUCAUGGCAUUCGAAAUGAAAUGAUGUGAGAUAUGAUGACAAUAUAUCUUCUAUAUUUAGAUUCAAAUUAAAAUAAUUAUAUUUCUGCAUUUAUGAUCAUUAAGUAUAGUUUAUAAAAAGUAUGAGGGUGGGCAUACCUUUGUUAAAUAAAAAUAUAAAUGUUGAAUAAUUUCUUGUUUUGUAUGUGCUCCUAACAAUAUGUUUUUAGUCUCCAUACAACCCAUGAAUGAGCUAUAAGUCUUAGUCCUGAUUAGAUUUACCUAGUUUAUCACAAUUUGUUAAAAUAAGAGUCUUAUAUGAACUUCAGCAGAAGUGAUGCUCAUGAUGUGAAGUAAGGUAGAAGAAAGAACAACUCACAACAAAAACACUGACGCAAUGAUUUUACAUGGCUCGGAGGUUGGCAUCCUACGUCUAUGAGAGACAACAAAAGUUUAAUUAGAUACAAAAAAUAGUACAAGAAAAUUAAUCCUUAAGAAUCCAGAAAAUAAAUCUUUGAUCUUGACCCUUUUAAGAUCUCAAAGAAUAAAUCCUUAAUCUUGGCCCUCUGAUGCAAUCACUAACCCAAGAGAUCUUCCUUAGAAGUUAUUUUCCAAUCACUCUCUCUCUAUGGUGGAACAAAGGUAGAAGUAGUUGUUCUAAGUGGCCCUGAAUUUGGAGAAGUGACACUUUAUUUAUAAGUACUUCACAGUCACCGUUGUGCAAGCAAGAACCUCGAGAAAUGUGCCAAAUAGUUUUUCUUUUUUCCACAUGCAUUUCUACAUUGAGUCCAUAAAUGUGAGCAUUUAAUGUGGCAGCCUCAAAAAUGAUAAGUCACAUUAAACAACACAAACUACCUAUCCUUGGCAUUUAGACAUACUCUAGUCGAUGAAAUUUUAUCUUAGGUCAUAGUUAAUCUAAUUUCAAAAAAGACUAAACUAACCUCUCUCUCUCUCUCUCUCUCUCUCUCUCUCUCUCUCUCACACACACACACACACACACACACUACAUACCGUUCCCCCUCCCUCCUCUUCUGCUACGCAUAUGUCAUUUGCAUUAAUUUAAUAACCAUAGAGGCAAAUCAGGAGCUCAUUCUGGGCAUAUCCAUUAGUCUCAUAUGACAACAUAUUUGGCUGAAGCAACAGCUCACUAUGAGAUAGUUUCUGAGAAAAUGUAAAUAAGUUGAAUAGAUAAGGAUCCAUCUAGGUGAUUUCAGAGAUUUUUUAAGGUCUAAAAACUAAAAGCACUUCACUUCACUUGAUAUCACUACCAUUAAUUGAAUUUCUUUACUUUACAGAAUUUCACUUAAUAUCACAUAAUUUCUUUUAGUUCAAAGUAAUCAAUUAUUUUUGCAAACUACCCCUAAAUUUUUUACAGAAAUGUAUGCAUUGAAAACAUUUUUAUACUUUAUAUUAAUUAUGUAUCUAUAUCUAAUGAAUGAUCAUUAUUUAGGGAGGUUGGGAGAUAGACGAGUCGAUAAGAGAUGCUGUUCAUCGUGAGGCCAUGGAAGAAGCAGGUGUCAAAGGUGUCAUCGAGGUACAUUUUACUGAUCUCAAUAAACUUCUUUAUGCCAUUAAUAUCAAUAAAAUGCCUCCUCAAACUCUACUUGUUUGUCAAGUGACAUGUGUAGCUCCAUCUUUAUAAAUUUUAACUUAUUUUUUAAAAUAGUUAACUUGCCUUGAACUUUAAAAUAGUUUUGAUGCCAUAAAAUGCACGGCAGCCAAAUCAGACCCACUGGAUAAAUCAUGAAUGGAAUUUAUUUGUCAACGAUUUGACUUCAUUUGGCGAACAAAGUUGGUUGCGGUUGACAUUUUGGGAGAAGUUAGGUGGAACUAUAACAACAUGAAAUACAUUCUGUGUACUAGCCCAUCAUACCCAGCUUCAUAGUUCAUGCAUUUAUGUCUCCGUGUUUUAUAGAUUCUGACCUUCCACAAAGAGGCUUUGACUUGAACAUGGGAAAACGGGCUACACACAUAUAAGUCUAGAUCCAGCUUUAUAAUUCAUGAAUGCAAAGGAUUCAAAUUUUGACUUUCCAAAAAUAGGGUUGACUUGGGAUACAACUCGUCCAAGUCGAUAAUUUUUCGUGACUGCUGACUUCCUCAUCCAUUCAGAGGAUCCUUGGCAAGUGGCGGUACAUGGGGAAAGCCGACAAGUCAUACAAGUAUGGGUUCAUGUACCCAUUGAAUGUGAAGGAGGAGCUUCUCCAGUGGCCGGAGAUGGGCACCCGCCACCGGACAUGGAUGGCAGCAGACAAGGCGAGGGAGGCAUGCAAGCAACCGUGGAUGAGGGAAGCCCUCGACAGGCUCCAACGGCGGCUCACCGGCGGCACCGCCGCCAAUAGCCCUUGCACGGCCAUAGCCAAGAUGUGCACAUCGGAGAGGUCAGCUCCAUAA